CUGCGCUGUGAGCCAUGGCGGUGCAAAGUCUUGUUUCAGCGCGCCGCUCCACCUUUGCUUUGAGGGAAGAGCGAAAACCAACGUUGUUUAGAGAUACAGAUCUUCAGCGAAAGCGCAAAACAAUGUUUCGCGAUGUAGAGCGGACAAAUCUUGCACAGUAAAAAGCAAAGGCGCAUGGUUUUUUUGAAAAUCCACACCGAAGUUCUUACAUUUCACCACAUGACCGCACACCAAACAAGCGGCAAAACGCCAGAAAGGUUCCGCCUCGAAACUCUCCAGGAAAUUUGCUGGUGUUGUAAGCCUCUAAGUCCGCUGGAGCCAAGAAACAAAUCCGUUGCUGCGAAAACAUGCCAAAACCAACGUAAAUGUUUUUGCAAAGCCAGGGAAGACUAUGAUUCGGGACUGUUUGGGCAAGGAAUUUGUUUUGAACAUCAAUGCCUAUUUCCACUCACAAAUGUCGAGGUUAUCCUCUCUCACCAGCUUGGCCAGAUGACAUUGUUCUAUUUUUGAUCAUUUUGCGACCGCCCUGCCAUGGUGAAAUUACCUGUCUUUGCCAGGUGAUGUGCGACCUUUUUUGCAUCGACGACGCGGUGCGUAGUGGGACCACUGCAGUCUUGAGCAGUUUGCAAGAUUCUCAUGCCGCGCUGAUGACGAACCUCCAAGCCUUGCUCGAUUACCAGACACAAUAUUUGCUUUGGGCGAUUGGCACCGCGGUGAAUCCCCACCCGGUUGCGCUGGAAUCUGAGGAGGUUUUGGCAGUUCCGGUACUGCUGAAAGAAAUCGAGGAGUUUCCGGAGAAGGAGAUGAGGCCUGGUUUGGUCUUGGGCCGAGAGGUCUUGGAUUGGCACCGGAAGACCGGAGAAGAACUGACAGACCGGAUCAUGGCCAUGUCCAUCAACGCCUCCAUGGAGAACUGGCCUCAUCGGGUGAAGUCCAUGAAAGGAAUGCUACAUCACUAUCGCAAGAGCUUGACUGAUCGUCUUCAACCUGAGAAGCGCCGUGAUAAUGACUUGCCUUCUGUGCCGUCCACUCAGAAGAUGGUCAAAGAGAAGUUGCAGUAUCUGAGUGAUCAGGCAUCCGAGCACCGUGAGGUGGCGGAGGUGGUGCAAUCCUUACACAUGCAGCACGUGAAAUCGCCGGUACCGCUCUUGGAGGACCAAGCAAGAACAUCGAUUUUGGAGUCUUUCCUGCACACCCAUGAGAAGCACAACACUUUCAGCAUGCUCCACUUAAAGGCCCUGGACCAGACGGACUACGCAGUUAACUUGGCGCACAACUUCUCUGAGUGUGCAGGAGUAGACACCGCCUUGUUGCGGGAAGCGUGGCAACGUGCCUUUCAUGCUGAUGAACGAAGCAGUGAGGCCUUGCUGGAAGCCUGGGCAGCCACCCUUACCACCUCCGAACGUCUACAAGUCGCCGUGAAGGACGAGGGCUUUUUGGAUCGGUUGCCACACCUCAUCGUCCUGGACACUGAGGACCAACGCCUUGACCCUUUUGACGGCAUGUCGGAACCAACGCCAAGCAGUUUGACCCGGGCACCCUGUGGGAAUCGUAGCGCACUGGUGCAGGAGGUCUAUGGCCAAGCAGUGGCCAUGGUCGUUUCCUCCUUGAGGCCCUUAGCCAUGCAGCUGAACACCUUCAAGGUCUUAGCAACCUACCAGGAGCAGCAGCUCAAGCAUCGACAGUUGGAGUACGUUCCCAUGACUGACAGUGCGUCAGUGAUUUCAGAGCUGCAGAUGCUGCUGCAAGAGGUCUCUAUUCCAACAAGUGCACAAGGUCGAGCACUGGCUGCACGCGCAGUGAAGCACUUGGCUCAACCGACGUGUCCAAGCCUUGGGGCAUUCCACCAGACAGACCUUGCGCUCCUGUCGGCCGUAACAGUCGAGACCAUCCUGUUGCUGUGAAGAGGUUGGGGAGGAGGUGGUGAAUGCUCAAAGGUGUAUGGUCC